AUGAAGUUCAAUACCUCUAUCUUUGUCGCUGCUUUUGCUGCUUCAACUCAAGCCGCUGCAAUUUAUCCAACCGAUGCUGACACCUUGGUAUUGGCAAGAGACACAAGCACUAAAAUUUCAGGCAUUCCAUUAGACACCAUCUUUGAAGCUGAAGGAGGAUUGGCCAAUGGAACUUUGUCUACUAGUGGUUCAGGUUAUGCUGAAUUUUUGAAUGUUUUGGGAAUCAAUGCCACUUAUGCUGCAAAGUUGGGUCUCUAUGAGGGUGAAUCAACUAUUGAAGUUUUCAAAACAUUUGCCAGGUUGAUUGGUGCCGAUUUGGGUUUACCACUUGGAAAGAGAGACUUGUCUUCUAUCAUCCAAUCUGCUGCUAUCCCACUUGAAGCUUUGAACCAAGCUCUCUCAGAUCUCUUGAGUGGAAAGAUUGGAAGCUCAGCUGAAGAUUUUGCCAAGUUGUUAAAGAUCUUGGGUAUUGAUGCUGCCACUGCUGCCGAAUACGGAUUGAAAGCAGGAGAGACUGUUUUGCAAUACAUUGCUAAGAUUGGAGAAAUCAUUGCUGCUGAAGUUGCUGCCGGUCUUGGAAAGAGAGACUUGUCUUCUAUUAUCCAAUCUGCUGCUAUCCCACUUGAAGCUUUGAACCAAGCUCUUUCAGAUCUCUUGAGUGGAAAGAUUGGAAGCUCAGCUGAAGAUUUUGCCAAGUUGUUAAAAAUCUUGGGUAUUGAUGCUGCCACUGCUGCCGAAUACGGAUUGAAAGCAGGAGAGACUGUUUUGCAAUACAUUGCUAAGAUUGGAGAAAUCAUUGCUGCUGAAGUUGCUGCCGGUCUUGGAAAGAGAGACUUGUCUUCUAUCAUCCAAUCUGCUGCUAUCCCACUUGAAGCAUUACACCAAGCGCUCUCAGAUCUCUUGAGUGGAAAGAUUGGAAGCUCAGCUGAAGAUUUUGCCAAGUUGUUAAAAAUCUUGGGUAUUGAUGCUGCCACUGCUGCCGAAUACGGAUUGAAAGCAGGAGAGACUGUUUCGGAAUACAUUGCUAAGAUUGGAGAAAUCAUUGCUGCUGAAGUUGCUGCCGGUCUUGGAAAGCUCGCAUAG